CCGGGAUCGGGAUACGCGAUGCAGUGUGAAAGUUUUGGUCGAUCUAGUGAAGUGAACCGUUUCUAAGGCGAAAACGGAAGGAAGUGCAUUAGAAAGUGCAAGCAAGUGAUAGACCAUGGUGUUACAUUGGAUAGUUGGUGCAUUUUGUUUGGUGAAUUUCGUUCAGUACAAUGCAUGCCAGGAAACGGACAAACAGCCCCCGGGUGACAAAAUCGUAGGCGGUAUGCCGGCCAUCCGGCACGAGUUCCCAUAUCAAAUAUCGCUGCAGUGGAAUUUCGGUCCCGGCUACAGUCGAGCGCCGAUCCAUUUCUGCGGAGGCUCGUUAUUAAACCGCAAUUGGGUCAUCACGGCGGCCCACUGCAAGGUGCGAUACACCAAACGUGGUUGGAUUGAGGUCGUUGCCGGGGAUCACGACACCACAAUCAACGAGGGUGACGAACAGCGGCGUCGUAUGGUGAAGUAUAAUGUCCACGGUGAAUACUGCGGAGGAGUUUGUGCCCACGACAUCGGACUGAUCCAGGUGGACAAACCGUUCGAGUAUAAUUCGUGGGUUGCGCCCAUUGCGUUGCCGAAGUUGUACGAAAAGUUUUCCGGUGAUUGCAUAGCUUCGGGGUGGGGAUCCACUUCGACGACCAACCGACCGAUGUACCCGGCGCAAUUGAGGAAAGCCGUCCUGCCGAUCGUUGACUUUCGCAAGUGCUACAAGUUUUGGCUCAAUGAAGGAAAUCCGGAUGCGCUGGCCAACGUUUGUGCCGGACCGGAAGAUGGGUCACGGAGUGUUUGUUCCGGUGAUUCUGGUGGUCCGUUAGUGAAAAUGGAUGAGGUUCGCGGAAAGCCUGUUUUGGUUGGAGUAGCCUCAUGGGGAGCACUGCCCUGUGGGAUGGAAGAAAAGCCAGCUAUUUUUACCUCCGUUCCCAGUUACGUGCAGUGGAUCAAGGAACAUAUGAGAUGAAAUGUGUAUAAAUG